CCACUGUAUCACUCCCAGCUUCCCCAUCUUUGCCUGUCACCUGAGCCCUCUCCCUUCAAGCCACUGGAUAUUUGCUGUUUCAUAGCCAGUGUUAAAUAGUCUGUCCUUGUGGGGUAAAGCUGUACGUUGGGAACGCUGUCAGCAGCUGUCAACCACAGCGCUGGUCACACAGCAUAAGCAGUAAUGUAGGAGUGUUAAACGUGAAUGCCUGCAGAACAGUAAGUGGGUUGAGACGGAGCUGGCAGGAGAGUCGCAUGGGAGAUCAGUGUGUGGAUGAUGCUGAUGGGAGAAUGCCUGCCGGGCUUCCAGUCUCCUGUCCCAGCUCUAAGGUCUGCAUCCUCUGGUGGUGUUAGAGGAAGACUUACGAAUUAAAGGUUGAGCUAGUGACAUGGUGUCAUGUAACUGCUAAGCUAGGUGACGGGGAUGCCCACUGGUUUGAGCCUGGUAGAGUCAAGGGUAGUGAUGAGGAAGGACAUUGGCCAUGGUUAGGUGGCCUUUGAAGGCUUCACAGGUGAGUUUGCAUUGUAGGCCUGGGUGGUAGGGAAGCUGAGCUCCUUCCAGCAGGUGAGUGGCAUGACUCUGGACCCCUUAAGGAACAGGUCUGGCAGUGUCUGCAAGUUGGAUUGGAUCUGGGAGUCUCCAGAUGCCUUCCCCCUUCAGGGAGCACCCCAUUUUCAUGCCACCAAAUUUGGAGUGACUGCUGCUGGUCACAGGGUACUUCAGUGACUCAGACAUAGGUAUCGACUGUCAGAUGAGGGCGAGUGGCUGGUCAGACAGCUGGACCUCCCUGUGAACAGGACUGAAGAUGGCUGGAUUUCCCUGCAUGAUCUGCGCAAGGUCCAGAGAGAAGCUUCAAGGAAGUCACGCUGGAAGAAGUGGGACGUGGUUGCUGAGCGAGCAUGGCUGGGAGGCACAGAGUCAGAAAUGUUCAAUAAGCUGGAAAGCAUCGCCACCUCAGACAAGCCACGGACCCCGGUGCUGGGCUGUCGCAUCAGCCGGGCGUUGGAGCCCUCUGCUGUCCGGGGGGAGUUCAUGACCAGCCGUGUGAAUUGGGUGGUGCAGAGCUCUGCUGUGGACUACUUGCACCUCAUGCUUGUUGCCAUGAGAUGGCUGUUUGAAGAGUUUGCCAUUGACGGGCGCUUCUGCAUCAGCAUCCAUGACGAGGUUCGCUACCUGGUGCGGGAGGAGGACCGCUACCGCGCGGCCCUGGCCCUCCAGAUCACCAACCUCCUGACCAGGUGCAUGUUUGCCUACAAGUUGGGUCUGAACGAUUUGCCCCAGUCGGUCGCCUUUUUCAGUGCAGUCGACAUUGACCAGUGCCUCAGGAAGGAAGUGACCAUGGAUUGUAAAACCCCUUCCAACCCAACUGGGAUGGAACGGAGAUACGGGAUUCCCCAGGGUGAAGCACUGGACAUUUACCAGAUAAUUGAACUCACCAAAGGCUCCUUGGAAAAACAAAGCCAGCCUGGACCCUAGCUCUGCCUGGAGGCUCUGAAUUUGCUCCCGUGGAGCUUCGUGGGGGUGUAGGCUCCCAAACUCAGGCUUUCAGCUGUGCUUUCUGCAAAAGGGCUCGCCUCGGGCCACCUCUCAGGAGCUAAGAAGAUGCCAGCGGGGCUCUAGGACAAGGGGCACUGUCACCUGGGUACGAUGGCAGCAGAAGCCCCAACGUUCACAUUAACUCAGGCAUUUCAGUUUUUUCUUUUCUUCUUGGCUGGUUCUGUGUCCUGUCCCCUGUGCUCUGAUGCAGUGCCCUAGAAGAGAGAGUAAUGCUCUAUUGUGAUAAACCUGCUCUACGCAGAAAUAAAAACAAAACCCUUUACCUUCUCUUUAAGGCCUGGAUUGGUCAUGCUUUCUCCCUUUUCCACCCAUGGGAGGUACCUAUGUUGGGGGACCUCUACCUCCUCCCCUUUGGAUUUUUGUUUUACUGAGGACAUUCAUGGGACAAGAUUGACGAAAGGAACCUCAGGCAUCAAAAUGCUAUGUAUGACCCUCAAAUGCCAAGGAGGUAAAGGGUAGGACCAGGUACAUCAGGGCCUGCAUCUAAAGAACUCAGGUUCAAGAUUUUCUGAGAA